AUGUGCUCUAAGAUUGCAGAGCAUAUGAGCUGGCAUGCGGAGGAUGGUAACAAAGAUGGAAACAUAAGACACCCUAGAGAUGGCAAGGCAUGGAAGAGGUUUGAUACAACUUUUCCUGAAUUUGCUUCUGAUCCUCGAAAUGUUCGAUUAGGCCUAGCUAGUGAUGGUUUCAAUCCUUUUGGGACAAUGAGUACUAAUUAUAGUAUUUGGCCUGUGGUUUUGGUUCCAUAUAACCUUCCUCCUUGGUUGUGUAUGAAGCAACCAAAUUUCAUCCUCUCAAUGAUCAUUCCAGGUCCACGUACGGCAGGGAAUAACAUCGAUGUAUACCUACAACCCCUUAUUAAGGAGUUGAAUGAGUUGUGGAGUGAAGGUGUGGACACUUUUGAUUCAUCAAAGGAUGAAAUGUUUAGAAUGCGAGCAGCUCUUAUGUGGACAGUUAGUGAUUUUCCUGGACUUGAUAUCUUAUCUGGUUGGAACACACAUACUGGCCUUGCAUGCCCCUCUUGUAAUUUUGACGCAGAACCUUGUCGACUCCGUCAUAGUAGAAAGUGGUGUUUUAUUGGCCAUCGUCGGUUUUUGGGAAGAAAUCAUAAAUUUAGAAUGAUGAGGCAUCGUUUUGAUGGGAAUGUCGAAGAGAGGACCCCUCCGAAGAAGUUAUCAGGGUCAAACAUUUUGCAACAAGUGAAAGAUAUCAAUGUCACAUUUGGAAGACAAGCCGAAUUAAAUGAUAAAAGGAAACGUAACAGGAAAGGGAGUGUUGGGGAAGCUGGAACUCAACAAUGGAGAAAAAAAAGCAUAUUCUUUGAUCUUCCAUAUUGGGAGUUUAACUCGUUGCGCCAUAAUUUAGAUGUUAUGCAUAUUGAAAAGAAUGUGUUUGACAAUAUUAUAUACUCUUUGCUAAAUGAUAAAGAAAAAUCAAAGGAUCAUAUUAAGGCUCGAAGAGAUCUGCAAGAUAUGGGUAUAAGGCGUGAUCUUUGGCCGGAUGAGAAUGAUGAAUGUCGGCUUGGUGCAUUUCCUCAAGACUUUAAAGAAUAUCUUCCAAAGGAGAAGAAAAGAAUCUUUGGACUAAAAAGUCAUGAUUGUCACAUCCUCAAGACUUUAAAGAAUAUCUCACAAUGUACUUCCAUGGUUAUUCAAGGAAUUGAGUCAAGGUUAAAUCGACCUAAACGUGUAAACGAUGAACCAAAUUGUGAUGAGGCUUCUGAAAAGUCAUCAAUGUUCCCUCAACAAGGUAAACCUGUUGGAGGCUCCACAAUAGAACCAUUGACUCUUUUGGAGAAAACGCAAGCUCAUCGAUAUGUGUUACUUAAUUGCGCAAUAGUGAAGCCAUUUGUUGAUGAAUUUAGAAAUCAUAUCAGAAGAAGUAGAGGUCGAAAACUUUCACCAACAGAGGUAGAGAGGAGAGUUAGUAAAGAGUUCCCUGAUUGGUUUCCUAAGCGAAUUAUGAAUCCGGAUAUAGCAGACACUAUCUCAAAUGAUAUGAAGUUCUUAGCACAAGGUCCGGCACAAGAUGCAAGAAGAUUCAAUGCUUAUAACAUUAAUGGAUUCAAAUUUCGGACGUUGUCUAGAGAACAAGUGUCAAAAACUCAAAAUAGCAGAGUUUUUCUUGUCUCUGACACUUCUUGUGUUGCAUCUAGUACAGAUAGAUAUGCAAGACAAGCAGACCUUCCAUAUUAUGGGAAGUUGGAAGAUAUUAUUGAGCUUAAUUACUAUGGCCGAUCACUUCAAAUGUCGGAUGACGAUCCAUAUAUUGAAGCAUCACAAGCAAAUAUGGUCUACUAUGUAGAUGAUGAAACUGAUAAAGGAUGGAGUGUGGCUGUACAUCUAAAGCCAAGAGAUUUGUUUGACAUGGGAGAGGUUGAUGAAGAGGAAAUAUACGAGAAUGAACCAUAUCGACAACAAGAAUUUGGACAAUUUUUUGAUGUUGAUUACGAGAAUAUCCAAAUUGCAAUAGAGGAGCAUAUGACUGAAUAG